GCCUCCCAUUCUGCUGCCAGGCCCGUAAUCUGCCAUGGGCCCCUGUACCGCCUCCUCAUGCUGCUGCCAGGCCCGUAAUCUGCCAUGGGCCCCCGUACCGACUCCUCCAUGCUGCUGCCAGCCCCGUAAUCUGUCAUGGCCCCCUGUACCGCCCUCCUCAUGCUGCUGCUGCCAGUCCAGAGUCUCUCAUGGGUCCCUGUACGGCCUCCCAUUGCUGCUGUCUCCAUCGCCACACUCUGCCAUGUGCCACUUUCAGGUCUCCUCACACGCUGGUGGGUUCCAUUUUGUUGCUGCCAGGUCCAGAGUGUGUCAUGGGUCCCUGUACGGCCUCCCAUUGCUGCUGUCUCCAUCGCCACACACUCUGCCAUGUGCCACUUUCAGGUCUCCUCACACUGCUGGUGGGUUCCAUUUUUGUCAUAGGUGC